CUUCCAGCUGUGGAAGGAAGAGUUCUGUAACUCCGGAGCUUCAGGAGACAACUGAAAGGCUGUGUCCAAGGCCGUCCAUUGAAUUGCAAAGCUCAGGAAGAGGACACUUUCUACUGGAACAUGCUGCUCCCUUCUCUGCUUUUUUGACGGACAGCUUUGGGCGUCAGCACAACUACUUGCGAAUUUCUUUGACCGAGAAAUGCAACCUCAGGUGUCAGUAUUGUAUGCCAGAGGAAGGUGUUCAGCUGACCCCUAAAUCAGAGCUACUUACUGCUCAGGAGAUAAUCACCCUAGCCAGACUGUUUGUGAAAGAAGGUGUAGAGAAGAUCCGACUGACAGGAGGAGAGCCACUUAUCCGUCCUGAUGUGGUUGAUAUUGUGGGUCAACUGUACAAGCUAGAAGGGCUGAAAACCAUUGCUGUCACAACCAACGGGAUCAACUUAACCAGAUUGCUGCCCCGACUGAAGGAGGCAGGACUGAAUGCCAUUAACAUUAGCCUGGAUACUUUGGUCCCAGCUAAAUUUGAGUUCAUUGUCCGGAGGAAAGGCUUUCACAAGGUAAUGGAAGGAAUCCACAAAGCCACUGAACUUGGCUAUCGUCCUGUUAAGGUAAACUGUGUGGUGAUGCGAGGCUUCAAUGAGGAUGAACUGCUGGGCUUUGUGGAUUUCACAAAGGAUCUGCCCCUUGAUGUGCGGUUCAUAGAAUACAUGCCCUUUGAUGGCAAUAAAUGGAACUUCAAGAAGAUGGUGAGCUACAAAGAAAUGCUUGAUACAAUUAAACAGCGAUGGCCUGAAUUGGAGAAAUUGCCCUGUGAAACUUCCAGCACAGCCAAGAGUUACAAGGUGCCACAUUUCCAGGGACAAAUCAGCUUUAUCACCUCCAUGUCAGAGCACUUCUGCGGAUCCUGCAAUCGGCUGAGAAUAACAGCAGAUGGGAACCUAAAGGUGUGCCUUUUUGGGAAUUCAGAAGUGUCCUUGAGAGAUCACCUACGGUCGGGUGCCUCAGAGGAAGAGUUGGUUCAAAUCAUUGGAGCAGCAGUGGGCAGAAAAAAGAAACAGCAUGCUGGCAUGUUUAACAUUUCCCAGAUGAAAAACCGGCCAAUGAUCCUGAUUGAGCCUGCAUUGAUGUCAUUCCCACUAUGCCACGAUGCCCUACAGAGUCCCCCAAAUUCAAAACAGUGGGGCCACACAUCUAGCCAUUGGCUGACUUUGAGAGCAAGUUUACCCAAACAAAUGGGAAAAGCAUUAAUGAAGAAUAAGCUUACAGGACAACUUUUCCUGCCAGGAUUUCACCCAGAGCAACAGUGGCACAUAACAACAGGAAUUCUACAAACCCAGCUCAGAGGCUGCUGUGUCUUCCAGAAGGACCCAAGCUCCACAUUUGACCCAAAGUGCCUUGAGGUUUCUCCUGUUGGCCAAGUUUCUGUGGACUGGCAGUCCAAAGAGGCAAGUCCAGGAUCUUGCACCGAGGUACCUCGUGCCUCUGACAACUUGACUCACACUGAUGAGGAAGGACGGGCCACAAUGGUUGAUGUUGGAGGGAAGCCAGAUUCAAGAAGAACUGCUGUUGCUGGUGCUGUGGUCCGCCUGGGUGAGAAGGCAUUUGGGAUGGUGAGGCAGAACCAGGUGAAGAAAGGGGAUGUGCUAGCAGUAGCUCAGAUUGCAGGAAUUCAGGGAGCCAAGCUGACCAGCCAGUUGAUCCCGUUGUGUCACAACAUCCCCCUCAACCACAUUGAGGUGUCUCUGAGCCUGGAUGAGGCCAAAUACGCAGUGGUGAUUCGCAGCUCCUGUCAGACCUGGGGGAGGACGGGUGUGGAGAUGGAAGCUCUGACAGCUGCCAGCCUGGCUGCCCUGACUGUGUAUGACAUGUGCAAAGCAGUUACUCGUGACAUUGUGAUCGAAGAGGUGAAGUUGCUUAGUAAGACAGGUGGGCAGAGGGGAGACUUUUCAAGGGUCUAAUCAUAUCCAGACAUCUCCAGCCCUCCAGGUGACCACUGCUCAUGUUCAGCCUCUUACAGAACUACUUUUGCUCAGCCGGUAGGCUUGGAGCCCUCAGCAGGUGUACCAUACAACAACCCUACAACUCCAGUUUUGCCUUACCUGCUGGGUGAACAGUGGAGCCACUUAUCCCUGUUGAUCACCAUGUGUGUUUUUUAGAGGACAGACUUCUCCAUUCUGCCAAUACGUUCAUUUCAGUGUCCUUAACAUGAGCUUGAGCAAAGAUUCCUAGUUAUACCACAGAGGUGGUUUGGUUUUUUUUUCUUCUUGCUGUGAAAUAUUCACAGCAGCUGUCAUCACACCAUGCAACUGUGAGCUCUGGAAAUGAAGCAAGUACUGAAAGUGCUGUUAUUUGGCAACUAUUUUUAAGUCAAGGAUUAAGAUUUCAGAAUUCUGUCUGUCUGUCCCCCAGACCCCCUUAGUUGAAUUUAGAAGGUGAGAGUGAGAAGAACACAGCUCAGGAACCUUACCUUACAGCAGAGAUUGUAACUGUGGAACAGUGAGGGGCAGAGGGGCAGCUCCCAUCCCUUUGCAUUGCUACUGCUUCCUUUGACUGCAAGUGGGAAAUAUCCACAUAUCUGUUUCAAACAAAAAAAAAGGAUGGCAGCUGCCCAGUUCUCUGCCUUGAGUGCUCUGUAAAACAUGGUGUAGAAACAGAGGAUUUCUGGGUUUGGAAGAAUUAUUUUGCUGAUCUGAAAGAUACCUUUUACAAUGUUAGAAGCAUGUUCCAGCAUUUUGACCUCAGUACUCAAAUACAUUGAGGCCCUGUGUCUGUCUGCAUGCUUAAGGGCUUAAUUAUGCCAUGCAUUCCCUGACUUUAGAAAUAGAUGUCACACCCAGCCCCAGAAGACUCCCAAUUUUUUAAUCAUACAGUGCAGUUCCUAGCAACCUGCAUAGUCCUGACAGAUAGAACAAACUUUAAGACUAGUAGCCACUUGGAAGAGUAAGGUAGUUGCUGUUGCCUUGGCCAGAGUGUCUUCCUGCAUGUUUCUCUAAUUUGUUUUCAUGAAGUCUUCUGGCCUCAGAGCACUUAAGAGUCCCCACAAAUGUACCAGUGGCCACUGUCAUGUAGCAUUAAAUAGCUUUGAUAAUUGACUAUCCUAGAUAAGAAAUUACUCAACAUUGUUGUUAAUACUGAUGGAUCCUUUUCAAACGUUAAUUUAAAUGCUCUAAACAGGGUGUUUUCAACUUUGGUUUACUUGUUUUCUAGUGCUUAUAGCUAAUGUGAAGUUGCAUAUGAUUCAGGGUGCUCCCCCUCCAUACGCACAGAGUUGAAGGCAGCUCUGGUAACAUCAGAGAGGCUACCGAAAAAGCGUCUUAAACUUUGCAAGUAGCUGCUUCUCAUGAAAUAAGGUUAAAUUACUGUGAGCAUCAGUAAAGCACACACCACACUGUCACGCACAUUCUGCUCACUUAAAAUAAGCACAGGUCUAAGAUGAGGAGGCAAUAGGUUUUACUACAAAUCCUUUACAAAUCUUAUACACUAGCUACCACAGAAGGUACUUUUUCUGUUGCAGGUGAACUAAUUUGAUUCUUUAUUCAUUGUGACUGUGAGAUAAGGCACAUACAAUGACACAUAUAGCAGCUACAGCUGAAAGGGGAAGGAAUCUGGAAAGCUUGGUGCCCAAACUCCAUAAACAGUUGUACACCUACAUUCAGCGUUAUAGUCCUGAUUCCCCUGAGUUAAUAGCAGGGGCACUCCUGCUCCUUCCCAGGAGUGUACCUAGCACUGCCGUACUGAGCACCAACAAUCGCCCCUGACCCUGCAAAUACAAGACCGUGUUCAUCUGUGGAGCUGCUGUGCCCAUAGCACAAAAGUUUCCCUAGCUCAGCAUGGAAAGAAAUUGCCAGGAAGAGGAAGCACAUGUGUAACCUACUAAGUUAACCGAUUUACACAAGCACUUAACUCCCCCCUUCAUGCACAACACACCCUGCCCUCCCUCCCUUCACCCAGUCUCUAGAUAAUUUUGAAAACUAAAAGGAAACUAGACAUGCUCUGUAGUAAUAAAAUGAUGCUUUGGGGCAUAUGAUUCUUUGGCUUCUGAGAAGUUUGCUGUCAUGCUGUAAAGCUCACACAAGGGACUACAGAGCACAUGCAUGACUGCCACGCACAUCUUGCUACUUACGCACAUUUCACUACUGUCUUGGGUUGAGAGUGGCUGGAAGCUGUGGGCAAACAGGCUUUGGUGCCAUUUUAUGCUCAUGUUACCCUAUCAAGUCUUGAAACUAUGCACAUUUAUAGAUAAUGAACCAAGCACGAGUCAACAGAACAUUUUGCGAGAGAAAUGAGCUGAUAGCACUGUAUGUUUCAGUGGUGCUGAGUGGGCAAUGGUGUAAUAUAUGUUGAUGAACUGGCUACGUUUUGGAGGCUUGCUUUUUUUUUGUCCACUGCAUUUUUAAUAAAUACUAGUUGUAAUGGA